AUGCAAGAGUCAAAACAAACCAACAAUGGAAGCGUAUUAAAUAGACAGCAAGACAACAAGAAUGAAAAACAAUUCCUCUCGGAGACAAAUACCCACGAGACCGAUAAUGAUAAACAAAUCAAUAACAAAAUAGAAGAUGGAGAACAAAAUAUGAAUACUACUACUACGGCGCAACCGACAUUGAAUAAUUAUCAACAGGUUCAUCAUCGAUCACAAGUAAAAACCUACACUCCACCAGUAUUGGGUUCACCAUCGGGAUCAUCAGGUGGUAUUGGGACAACUCCUGUUGUGAGCAUUUACACGAAACCACACUUGAUGAAAAGGUUGAAACAAUUUUUGGAUCAUUUUGAUAGGGCUCCACAGCAAAUGUUUAUUGAUUUUGCUUUUGUUGAAGUUGAAGAGAAUGAUGUGUCACAAUUCAGAUACAAGUUGCAACAUCCAAUAUUGCAAUCAAUUUAUGGACCAACAGUGGAUGAACAAUUACCACUCUAUCAGAAUGAAUCAACCUCUUCAUCAGCUAGAUUACCAUCCUCAUUGACACCUAGAUUGUAA